AUGUUCGAUAAACUUGCUUCAUUGAAGCAAGAAAAUAUUGUUCCACACAAAGAAGAGGAAUGUGUUUGUGCAAGAGAGAAAACAGGACAAGGUGUUCGAAUAAGGGAAAAAACAGAAGGAGUAAUUAUUCCAGGCUUGAUAGAUGUGAUUUUUUCUUGGUCUUUAGCUGAUGUCCUGAACAGAGAUCUUCUCAAAGACAAGAGAACAAAGCGCAUAGUUAAUGACUACUUUGCAGAGGCGAAGUUAUGCAGAUUUCUGAUAAUUUUGGCAAAUGUUGCGUUUAGAGAAUCUGUAAAGGGAACUGUUAAACAAAUUCCUGAGACGUUCUUGUCAACUGAUCAUUACUUCCAUUCAUUCAUCAGUCCGCUUAUCGAAGAAACACAUGCUGAUUUGCUCUCAGGCGUGAGAGUUGCCUGGCAAUCUCCUGCACUUGAGGUUAUUGAUGUCAAAUCAACAGCAGAUUUUAAGCCUCCUAGGGCUUUAUACUACAACAUUUGGUUGAAUAGAGCUAGCGAGGGAGAAAGAGUUAGAAAAACAUAUGAACCAGAGGUUGGAGAUCUGAUUGCACUAUCAGAUGUGAGGCCGAAAAGCAUUGAUGAUUUCAACAGACCAAAGAGAUCAUUUCUCAUUGCUUUAGUACAAGAAAAAUAUGAAGGUUCAGACAGGCUAUCUAUCCUGUCUUCGAAACCUAUCCCAUUUAAAAAACCAGACAGGGAAAAGGGUGAACGAGGAGACAGUCUUUUCAUUGUUUACCUUUCUAAUCUUACAACGAAUAUGCGAAUAUGGAAAGCUUUGAAUUCAGACAUGGAAAGUGCCAACCUGAACGUAAUUAGGACUGUGCUGAAAGUUGAUCCAAGUGUUGAUGAAGAGAAGUGUGUUCUUUGCUCCUUCAGUGAAACGAAAGCUAGUGCCAUAUCAAAUCAUAGGACUACCAUUGAGUCAUUUGGGCUAGAUAAUGCUCAACAAGCGGCUGUUAUAAGUUGUAUUGCUACAAGAGAACGUGGUCACCGGAAUUCUAUUAAUCUAAUUUGGGGUCCUCCUGGAACUGGCAAAACAAAAACAGUUGCUUCCUUACUUUAUCUCCUGUUUAAAAUGAAAUGCAGAACUUUGACUUGUGCUCCCACAAACAUUGCUGUCUUGGGAAUUAUAAAGAGGGUGAUGCAACUACUACAGGAUGGUCUGGAAUAUGAAACAUACGGAUUAGGAGAUAUAGUUCUAUUUGGUAAUGGGAAAAGAAUGGGCAUUGAUGAUCAUGAAGAUCUGUUCGAUGUAUUUCUUGAUAACCGUGUUGCGGCUCUUGGGAGCUCUCUGUCCCCUGAUCAUGGGUUGAAAAAUCAUAUACUGUCCAUGGUAUCUUUGCUUGAAGAUCCUGAAGAGCAAUACCGUGAAUACUUGGGAAAAGAAAAAGAAAAUAAGGAACAUAACAUGGAUGACGUUGAGGAGGAAGAGAAAGCAAGGAUUACAAGUAUAAAUGAUCAAAAGAUAAUGAGAAGAGAGAUGGUGGUAAUUGAUGAAGCUGCUCAGUUGAAAGAAUGUGAAUCCAUUAUUCCCCUACAGCUCCCUGGUAUACGUCAUGCCAUACUUAUUGGGGAUGAGAAACCAUUGCCUGCAAUGGUUCAGAGCAAGAUCUCUGAGAAGGCUGACUUUGGAAGGAGCUUAUUUGAGAGGCUGGUAAUGAUUGGGCACACGAAGCACCUCCUUAAUGUUCAAUAUAGGAUGCAUCCUGCAAUAAGUUUGUUUCCAAAUAGAGAGUUCUAUGAAAACAAAAUUAUGGAUGGUCCGAAUGUGAAAGAAGCAAUAUAUGAGAAGAGAUUUCUUAAAGGAAACAUUUUCGGUUCCUAUUCAUUUAUUAACAUAAGCAGUGGAAAAGAGGAGUAUGAUAACAAACACAGCACAAGAAAUAUGGCAGAAGUUUAUGUCGUUGCUGAGAUCGUUGCCAACCUUUAUAAAGAAUCUGUUGCUUCAAGGAAAAAGAUUUCUGUUGGUUGUAUAUCUCCCUACAAGGCUCAAGUUUUUGCAAUUCAACAAAAACUUGGACAGAAAUAUAGUUCAGAUGUCAAUAGCCACUUCUUAGUGAAUGUACGAUCUGUUGAUGGUUUUCAAGGCUGUGAAGAAGAUGUGGUUAUCAUCUCCACUGUUCGUGAUAAUGGGAGUGGAUUAGUGGGAUUCCUUUCUAGUCGUCAGAGAGCAAAUGUAGCACUGACUCGAGCAAGGUUCUGCCUUUGGAUAUUAGGGAAUGCCACAACAUUGGUUAACAGUGGUUCCAUUUGGAAGCAAUUAGUCAUUGACUCCAAGGCCCGGGAUUGUUUCUUUGAUGUUCAUGAAGACAAGAGGUUGACUCAAGCGAUCUUGAGCGCUACCAUUGAAGUUGGCCAGAUUGAAACAUUACUCAGUAUGGACUCCCCUCUAUUCGAAACAUCCAAGUGGAAGGUUCUCUUUAGUGAGGAUUUCUCAAAAUCCCUGGCCCGAAUUAAAGAUGCGAAGAUCCGUGAAGAAGCGAUUUCCCUUUUGGUGAAGCUUUCAAGUGGUUGGCGCAUGUCAGGAAAGCACAACAUUUUCUACAUUAAAGGUGGGAAUUCAUCUGGACUAUUGGAGAUCUACAGUGUCAAGCGCCUAAAGCUGAUUUGGACCGUAGAUAUUCUGCUAGAGGACUCCGCAUACUAUCAAGUGUUAAAAAUCUGGGACAUCAUACCAGGAUAUCAGAUACCAAAAUUGGCAAAGGAAAUUGACAUCCUUUUUGGUUUUUAUACAGUGAAUAUGAUGAACCGCUGCAGAUGCAAGCGUGUUGAGCGAAAUUUAACACUUCCAAUGACUUGGGCAGUUGAUGGAAGUGAUGAUUCAAUUGACAAGAACUUGGCACGUUAACUGGCUCCUAUGAGUUUCAG